AUGUUUUCCAUCAAAUUUGGACUGUUGCUGCUUGCAAUUGUUCUAACCUUUGAUUCGUCAUAUGGAGUGAAGGUGGCACAGGGUAACAACAAAGAUUUUACUCCGUAUUGGCUUAAGAAAUACAAAAAAUUCUUUGACAUCUUUGACGUUAAUAAAGACGGUAACGUGACGAAGGAAGAGUACAUCGAUUUGUCGACGGAGCGUGCUGCACUGCCAUCCUGGAGAGCUAAGGCAGUCUAUGGUGCUAUGACCAUGGGCUUUCAAACAUGGUGGUCGAAUGAAUACACUAACUAUAAGACGUCUAUUGUAUUUGAGGACUGGGUUAAGUCUGAAGAAAAUGUUGUCGGCUUUACAAGCGAUCUAGUAGUCGAAUGGGCCCUGGAUGUUUUCCAUAUUGUUGACCUUGACUGCAGCGAGGAGUUAACGCUAAAUGAGUACUCUAAAUUUCUUGAUAUAUUUCGCAACACGGCGGAUAAUAAAGUUAUUUUCAGCGCCAUUGACAGCGAUGGUGAUAACGUCAUUGAUGCUAAGGAGUUCACCUAUGCAGUAAAAGAUUAUACUUAUGAUCAAGCAGCCAAAUCCGCUGCAUAUAUUUUUGGCUCUCGAGAUUAA